AUGGUGAAGAAUCAAGAUGAUUCUGACUGUGAAACGCCUAAUGAGGAUGAUGAUGUUUUAGAAAGGCUUCUUUUUUUGUCUGGAUCGUUUAAACAGCGUAAUAUUUAUUUAAUUAAAAAAAAACUUGAGAUAUGGAUUGAAGAAGUGGAUGAUAUUUUUAAAUUUUCAUUGAUUUUAAAUUGUUUAUUUAAGGCGGGUAAAUUUUGUUAUAAUAAGUCGAUUCAGCUUUGUAUACAAUAUGUUCUUUUAAAAUUAUAUGAAAAAGAUAAAGAACAAUGUCUAGUAAAGUUUAUUGAAAUGCUUAAUCAAGAAACAGCAGGGAUGCUUUCUAGAAGUGUUUCACCGCAUCCCAUUUUUAUUCUUCUUAAGUGGGUAAACAAAUUCAUUAUUAAUAUAUUGGUGAAUAUAACUUUAAUUCAAAAAUAUCUUCCAGAGCUUGUUUCCAACCAAGCUAUUUUGCUUAAUCUGUUUUUAUCUUCAUUAGUUAAAGCUCGUGCUAAAUCUAGUGCUUUACGAUCUGUUGAAGGAACAUUGAGAAGUACAAUUAUCAAAACAUUAAAUGAAAAUGCAUUUUUAUGUUUAAAUAUUUAUAUAGAGGAGCUUAUAAAAGAUACAAAGAUAGGAUUUUGCAUGAAAAAUACUGUUUUAUUUGGCAUGAUUGCAAAAAUCACUUCUCAUUCACAAUUCAAUGAAAAAAGUGUUCUUAUGGAAAAAAAGGAUGAAAUUAUUAAUUAUUAUAUAAACAAUAUUAUUAAAUCACGGGUAUUACUUCCUAAUAGAAUUAUUACUGGAAUGAAUGAUUUUUUUGUUUAUUUUAUUACUUUUGAAGAUUUUAAAUUCAAAAUUGCAUCUCAUCUUGAAAAAGCGUUAUUAAGAACUCCAGAAAUCACUCUUAAUGGAAUUUUAAAAGAAUUACUUCAAUCAUUGCCAUUAAGUAUUAAAAUAGAUGAAAUUAUUUAUGAAAAAUUUCUUAUACCAAUUUUAAAUUCAUUAAAAUCAAUGGAUUCUAAUAUUAGCGAAAAUGCUUUACAGACUUUUGAAGGGAUAAUUCAAAGAUGCAAUGAUCAGGAUAAAAUUCAUCAGACAAUGGAAAAAAUUAUUCUUGAAUUAAAUUCAGGAUUUCUAUUUUCUCUUGAACAUAAACUUUUGUUUAUCAGAUCUUUAGCAUGUCUUCCAAAGUCACUUGAGUUAUCUAAUUCCGUUCUAUCAUUCUUAUCAACUCAUAUUCAUAAAAAAGCGAAUGAAAACAUAUCUGUUGCAUUAAUUAAAUGUUUUUUUUCUCAUUUCACAUAUAUUAUUAGUACAACUUAUGAGUUUUCUGAUGAAUAUAUAGAGUUAAUUAAGGAAGGAUUUUUAGAAAGCAUGGAAAACAUAAGAAGAACAUGGUUUAAUGAAUUUGGUAAUAUUAUAUGGGAUUAUAGAUAUAAUCCUAAUAAACAAGUAAUAUAUUUGAUCAAAAAGCUAUUGAAUUUAUUAGUAAAAAUAUAUGAAGAUAUACUGAUUAAUCCUUUGCAAAGCAUUCAAAGUGGAACUAUAAUUGAUGGAUAUAAUAACCUUUAUUUUAUCUUAUGGGAAAAAAAUUAUACUAAAAGCUCUCAUAAAGAUGAAAAAAUAUGGCUUAUACGUUCUCUUGAAACAAUAGGGGAAUAUAUUUCGGAAGAACAGUUUGAAAAAAUAGGAUUUUUAUGGGCUCAAGCAUCAUUCUCACUAUUAUUAUCAAAUAUAUCACAUGAUCAUUCGAUUGUUUCUACAAUAUGUAGUAUGAUAAAACGUUGCUAUUUAAAGUCUAGGGAAUUAGUUUUAGAUAUUUUUUUAUCUGAAAUAUGGAAAUAUAUUAAACUAUUAGAAUCAUCACAUAUUUCUGCAUAUAAAGAUCUUACGAUACUUGAUGCUAUCUUUUAUAUCAUUAAUUCAGUUUCACCUAGCGAUUAUGAAUUUUUGUCGCAAAAAGAUAAAGAAAGCUUCGAAAAACAACUAAUAAGAACAAUUGUAUUGUAUCAUCAUUCAUUAUUAAAAGAUAAAUUGAAUUGGGUUAAAUUAUGCAAAAGAAAUAAAAUGGAUCCAUCUGUAUUGGUAACUACUCAUGCUUUAGAAUUUGUUAAUACUAUUGAUUAUUUUCUUCGAAUCAAUAUUGAGAAUAAGAGCAAUUUAACAUUAUUGGCUAUUCAAUCAUCCAUAUCUACUUUAACAUCUUUGGAUCAAGUAGUAAUUGUUCCUUUAUUUGUAGAAGUAUUUUUGAAAUAUCUUUCUGAUUUGGAACUUGAAAGCAUUUCUGAAAAAGACAUUUCUAUAUUAAAGGAUAAAAUAGAUGAAAAAAUAGAAGAAAAAGAAGCUAUUAGAUCCAAAAUUUUAAAUUUGAAAUUACGGCUUAUUUCUGGACUUACUGUGAUUCAGGGACUUGCAUUAGCUAUUCAAAAAAGUAGAGAUUUAUGGUACUCUUAUGCCAUUAAUGUUUUAUUGUCAAAAAGUCUAUUGGAAAAGGGCUUAUUAAUUGCCUACGAAUCUAUAGUUCAAACAUAUUUAAAUUGUGCUAAGUGCACAUCUUUGAAAGAUAUUAAUACGAUGAUUGGAAUUGCAAUGCUACGUAUACUUAAUGUUGAUUACAUACAUUCUGAUUUUGUUGAGGAGCCUUUGAAGGAACUAGUAAUGAAAUUGCUACUUCGAUUGGAUUCUUUGACAAAACAAUGCCCUAUUGAUAAAAUAUCUUUUAUUUAUGUAUCUCCAUUUUUAAUUCAAGUAAUAAAAAACAAUGGAAUAGGGACUAAUAACUUUAACGAAUCAGAUAAACAAGUUAUGUUAGCUGUUAAUAUACUCUCUUUUCAUAUAGAUUUUUAUAAAUUCUUUAUUUCAAGACUUGAAAUUAUUCAAGCACUUUUAAAUGUUUUGUAUCAUUUUCCGAAUCAAUUUAAUCAUGCCAAGGAUUGUCUUAUUCUAUUAUCUAAAGUUAUAAAGGAUAAUAUAACAAAAGAGGAAAUAAUGGAGCUUAUAAAAGGUUCUCUUUCUUCUAAUUUUCAAAUUCGUAAUACAGUUCUUCAAACUAUAGAGCCAUUAGACUUAUCACAAUGUGAUUUUUUUUAUGAGUUAUACCUUGCAGCUCAUGAUAAAAAUGAGAUAAAUUCCUCUUUGUCCUUAGCAAUUAUUAAAAAAAACAGUUUUUUGAUAUCUCGUGAUGCAAAGGAUAUUCUUAUAAAUUAUCUAUGUAAUGAUCAAUACUAUAUUAGAGAAUGUGCUUCUAAAGCGAUUUCUUCAUAUGUUAAAAAUUAUAUUCAAGAUGUAGAAGAAGUGAUUUUAAUAUUAGUUAAUCUUUAUGAAGAAAAGUCUAAAUUACAGUCAUUAGAAUAUGAUGAGUAUGGAAUUCCUAUUUCAAGGACAUUAAAUAGACGAGAUGCAUGGGAAACUAGAAGCGCUAUAGCUUCAUCUUUCUUUUAUUUAAUACCUUAUUUCACAUUAACUAUAGUUCCUUUUUUUUUAGAGUUCUUACUUGGAAUGCCUAAUAAACAUGUUCCUUUAAAGGAUAAUUCUCCAGAAGUACGAGAAAAAAUGCUAAAAAAUGGUUUAAGCAUCAUUUCAUAUUAUGGUGAUUUUCAUGUCGAAAACCUCUUUAAAAUUCUUGAUAAUCAUUUAACAUCUUCAGAUGGACUUUUGGAAAGUUAUAUCGAUGAGGGUGUAAUUAUACUUUAUGCUGCAAUAACAAGUCAUUUAAAGAUGGAUGAUAGAAGAGUUCCUAUAGCAAUAGGAAAACUUAUGAAUAUGCUUAGAAGUCCAUCAGAAAAUAUUCAAAUAGCUAUUGCUGAAUCUUUUUCUUCAUUAAUUAAAUUUUCUUUGGAAAAGGUUCCUAAUUACAUAGAAAGAUUGAAAGAAGAAUUAUUUACAUCUGGAAAAUAUGCUGAAAGAAAAGGAGCUGCUUAUGGUUUAGCAGGAGUUAUUAAAGGCGGUGGCAUAGAAUUGCUUGAAAAAUAUGAGAUUAUAGAAACACUUAAAAAUGCAAUUACUAAUAAAAAGGAUCAUAAAUAUAGACAAGGCGCACUUUUUGCAAUUGAAUCGUUUUCGCAAAUUCUUGAACAGGCUUUUGAAUCUUAUAUUAUUGAGAUGAUUCCUUAUUUAUUAACUACUUUUGGAGAUCCCGUUGUAGAUAUCAGAGAGAGUACUGCUGAUACAGCAAAAACGAUUAUGGGUAAAGUUAGUGAACAUGGUGUGAAAUCAAUAUUACCAUCAUUACUCUUGGGACUGGAGGAAAAUAAUUGGCGUUCUAAAAAAGGCUCAAUUGAUUUUCUUAGUUCUAUGGCGUAUUGUUCACCUUAUCAGUUAUCUUCUUCUUUGCCUAUAAUUAUACCUCGUUUAACUGAAAUGAUUAAUGAUUCUCACUUACAGGUGCGUUCGGCUGCAAAUGAUAGUCUUUUGAAAUUUAGUAAAAUAAUUAAUAAUCCUGAAAUUCAAAAAUUGGUUCCUACCUUAUUAAAAUCAUUAAGCAAUCCAAAUGAACAUACAGAGUCUGCUCUUGAUUUACUGCAUGAAUUUUCAUUUACAAGUUCUAUUGAUUCUACUUUACUUGCUAUAAUUAUGCCGGUUUUAGAACAAGGACUAAAAGAACGUUCUGCAACUUCAAGAAAAAAGGCAGUUAAAAUUAUAGAAAAAAUCUCUUCUUUAAUAGAAACAAGUGAUUUUAUUCCAUAUCUUGAUACUAUACUUCUAAGUUUACGAAAAAUCCUUAUAGACCCGGUUCCUGCAACUAGGGAAACAUCAGCAAAAGCCUUGGGAACAUUAGUGAAAAAUUUAGGAGGUGCUAAUUUUCCUCAUCUAAUACCUGAUUUGUUAUCAACAUUAAAAAAAGAUAUUAGUUCAAUAGAACGUCAUGGUUCUUCUCAAGGAAUUUCUGAAAUACUUUCAGGCCUCAAUAUUCAAUAUUUAGAAAACAUAUUACCUCAAAUUCUUGAAAAUUCUUUAAGUUCUGUAUCAUAUGUUAAAGAAGGGUAUAUUUCUUUAUUCAUUUAUCUUCCUCGUGCCUUCGGACCAAGAUUUCAGCCAUACAUAGGAAAAAUUGUAUCGCCGAUUCUUUUAGGAUUGGCAGAUGAUUCAGAAUCUGUUCGUGAUGUUUCAUUAUCUGCUGGAAAAGUUAUUAUUGAUAAUUAUUCAACAAAAGCAGUGGAUUUUCUUUUGCCUGAAUUACAAAAAGAAAUAUUUAAUGAAAAUUGGAAAAUUAGGCUGAGUUCUGUUCAAUUGAUAAGCAAUCUUCUUUUUCAUAUUACUGGGAUAUCCGGCAAAGUUCAUUUAGAAGAAAAUAUUAAUGCUUCUCAACAUUACAAGAAUUUUCUUUUAGAUAUUUUAGGUCAAGAAAAGAGAGAUAGUAUUUUGGCUUCUCUUUAUAUUUUGAGGCAAGAUUCUAUUGAACAGGUUCGUUCUUUUGUUUUAAAUAUUUGGAAAGCAUUAGUUAUAAAUACUUCUAAAACAGUGAAAGAGAUUUUGCCAGUUAUAAUUAACAUGAUUAUUCAAUGUCCUAAUACUUUAAAUAAAGCACGAGAUUCAAUGUUUAUAAAAACUCUUGGAGAUUUAGUAAAAAAAUUAGAAGAUGUUAUAUCUUCUAUGUUAUUACCACUUCAAGAGAGUAUAACUCGUAGCGAACCUAUUACAAAAGUCAGACUAAGUAUUGCUUUGACAGAAAUUAUUCAAAAUUCAAAUAUCGAAUCAUUAGAACCAUAUAAAAAUGGUCUAAUUAAAACUAUACAUCAUUGUCUUAUGGAUAUUAAAGAUGUUAGGAAAAGUGCUGCACUGAUGUUUAGUGCUAUGUAUGAACUUUAUGGGAAUAUCGUUAUUAAUCAAAUUUUACCAAAUCUUCUUAAUUCACUUCAUUCAAAUAAAAAUUCAAAAAAUGCACUGGAAGCUUUAAAAGAACUUAUUUAUGUGCGUCCUCAAAAUAUUUUACCAAUAUUAAUACCAAAAAUUACAAAAGUUCCUGUUUCAGAUGUAAAUGCAAAGAUUAUUAGUUCUUUUGCGCAGGUUCAUUGUCCUAGUUUUAAAUACUAUUUUUCAACAAUAAUUAAUGCUUUAGUGGAUACAUUAAUAUUUGACAUUGACGUAGAAAUAGAAAUAGAGGUUAAAAAUGCAAUAGAUAGUGUUUUGCUUUCAGUCUAUGAUCCAGAAGGUAUGAAUAUAUUAAUUCCAAUAAUGCUUGAACUAGUAAAGGAUGAAAACUGGAAAAAACAAGUUUUAGCAUGUCAACAUUUGAUUUAUUUUUUUAAAUUUACAAAGCAGGAUUAUUCUAGAUAUUUUGAUGAAUUUAUUUAUGUUUUUCUUUCACUUUUUGAUGACGAGAAUGAUGAAGUAGUAAAAUCAGCAUGGGAAGCACAGAAUGCUUUUACAGCCUCCUUAAAAAAAGUAGAUAUGGAAAAUCUUAUUGGACCUACACAAAAAGUACUUCAUAAUAUUGGAAUGGUGGGAACUGAAUUAAAGGCAUUUCAAUUACCUAAAGGCAUUAAUGCUAUUUUGCCUAUAUUUUUGCAAGGAAUCAUAUUUGGAAAUGCUGAAAAAAGAGAGUUGGCUGCUAUAGGCAUUUCCGAUAUUAUUGAGCGUGCAAAUUCUGAUAUGCUUAGUCCUUUUGUAAUACAAAUUACAGGACCUCUUAUUAGAACAAUAGGAGAAUGGUAUCCAAUUCAAGUAAAAUUGCCUGUUUUGCAUACUCUCGAGCUUUUACUAAAAAAAGUGCCAUUACUUUUAAGGCCUUUUUUACCUCAAUUACAAAGAACUUUUUUAAGAUGUCUUGCUGAUCCAGUUUCUGAUCAAUUACGUUCAGAGGCUUCCUCUUUAUUGGAAAUUUUGGCUACAUUUCAGCCUAGAAUUGAACCAUUAAUUAAUGAACUUGUUAAUGGAUCAAAUAAUCUACACAGUGGUGUUAAAUUGAUUAUGAUCAAGUCACUUUUUAAUAUCAUAUCAAAAUCCGAUUUUUGUAUUAACGAUUCAUUAAAAAACAUAUUAUAUACAUUAGUUGAAAAUAAUAUGAAUAUAAAUGAUUUUCAAAUACUUAGUUAUAUUGGAAGAUUUUCUAUGAUUUUAUUUAAAUAUUUUGAUAAAAAUAAUGCUUUGGUCUUUCUUCGUUCAAGAAUUUUUGUUGCAGAGCAUAAUAAUUAUUCCAUUCUUACACUCAAUGCUAUUUUAGUCGAUUGUUCACAAUAUUUAAUCGAAUUAGAUUGCUGUGCGCAAGCAGUUGAUUCAAUUAUUAAUGGUUGUUUGAAUAAUAAACCGUAUAUAGCUAAUAAUUCAUUUUUGGCGGCAGGAAAAUUUUUAUUAGACACUCGUUUUAAUACUAAUCUUAAUUACACAAAAUUAAUUAUAGAAACUUUGGUUAAUUGUAUCAAAAAUCCGAAAAUUACACCUGAUGCUAAUCGACUAAUUUUAACUGUUAUUUCUUGCAUUAGCAAAAAAUCUUAUGAUGUUAUAAAAUCUCAUUUUAACCUUAUUGUUCCUAUUGUUUUUCAAAAUGUUCAUCAUAUUUCAACACCAAUUCAGCUUGCUGCCGAAUCUGCUUUUAUUUCUUUAUUCAAAAUUACAUCUUAUGAUCGUUCUUUUCUCAAUAAAUACAUUGCUACUCUUGAUUCUGCUCAGGCCAAAUCUAUAGCUGCUUAUCAUAAACGCAUUAUGACAAAAAUUACAACUAUAGAAUUUCAAAAUCAUAUAACAUCAUAUUGUAAUGAUGCUUAUCAAGAAAUCAUGGCCGUUGGAUUGUCAUUUACUUGUGAUCUUUAUUAG